UACGAAUGAUAUCAAACAUUUUGAGUCGUCCAAAAUAUAAAUAAAAUUUUAUGUAUACAUCGAAACGAAGAGAGUAAUAAUAUAAAUAAAAAAAACAAAAAAAGAAUACCACCGCAAAAAUUCUUCCAAAGAACAUCCACAAGAAGAAGAAAAAAAACAGGGGAAACAGAGCAGGGGAUAUCAACAAAGCAAUGAGGCUAUGGAGAAAGGUUUCCGGGUUGUUGAAAGAUCAAAAUAGCAUAUGGAUUGCUAGCUUAUCACGACGAACAUCUCUCCGGAAUCCAGAUAUCGAGGCUGCUGUAAUCAAAGCUACGAGCCAUGAUGAAUUCUCCAUGAACAUGAAGAACGUUGAUCGCGUUUUUAGAUGGCUACGUUUGUCAUCGACAAAUCUCAAGCCCCUCAUUUGGGCUAUAUCCGUAAGAGCAGAGAAAACGAGGAGUUGGGUUGUUGCAAUUAAAGUUUUAAUCUUAAUGCAUGGCCUUUAUAGCACUAGGCUCCCUUGUGUCCAAAGAAUUGGGAGGUUACCAUUUGAUCUCUCCAAUUUUGAAGACAGGCAUUCAAGAAAAUCAGAAGAAAUGCAUGGGAUUAAUGCAUUCAUUCGAGCUUAUUUCGCGUAUCUUGAUAAAAAAUCGGAUAUUCUCUUCAUGGAAUUGGAGGAAAAAAGAAGCAUGGUGAAAUUCAACAACAACAUGGUGGUGCACAAUCUUGAAAAUGAAGAAAAAGAGAAUUAUUCUAUGGUUCAAGAUCUUGUUUUGGUUCAAAAAUUGCAAACUUUGCUCGAUAUGUUGCUUGAGACUAGGCCAUUAUCGGAUUGUGCUAUUGUCCCUCUUGUCCUCGAGGCAAUGGACUGCGUUAUGACAGAGAUUUUUGACGUUUACAGCAGGAUUCGCUUUGGGAUUGCUCGUAUUUUAUCGAAGAUUAAUUCAGUUGGCAAAGUUGAAGCCACUAUGGCUUUAAAAAUCAUAAAAAAGGCUAAUAUCCAAGCUGAAGAAUUAUCUCUAUAUUUUGAGUUUAACCGAGAUAUAGGGGUGAGAAAUGCAGAAGUUUGUCCAAUAGUGGACCAAAUACCAGAUGAAGAAAUCAAAGAACUUGAAGAAAUCAUCAAUGGGGUUUCAGAUAAAUCUGAAAAGAACGAUGAAAUGGAUCGAGCCAUCGUGAUUCAUGAGAAUCUUGGAGAAAAAAAGGACUCUGAAAGCAAAUUGAAGACGAUAAUUACUGAUCGUUGGGAGACUUUUGAUGAAGGAACUGCAAUAGUAAAAUAUACACCAAGAAUAAAUCCUUUUGCAGAUUAUUCGGUACCUACUAGCUCGACUAAUACUGUACCUGUUAAACCUCAAGAAUUACCGGAUUUAAUUAGCUUCUAGUAGCAGUGAUCACUGCAAAAUUCUUGAUUUUCCAUGGCUGAACAUCAAAUGUAAUGUGGAACAAAAGCUUAUAGUAUCAAACAAGAGAGAAAAGAGGCAUUUUGUUUACUCCAAUAUAUGCAUAUUUAUAUAUAAUAUCUGAACUUAUGUAGAUAGAAAAUUUUCAAAUGAAAUAUUGUCAUGUUAUGUGUGUUAUAAUGUCUGCAAGUUCGAGCUAAUCCUUUGUCUAAUAGCUCUGGGGUAGUAACUCGAAGGGUGACCGCUUCUAGGCAACUUUGAGCAUUGAGAGAUGCUCGAAAAUGGAUAUUAUUAGGAGGGAUCUGCAAGUCUGGUCCAGUCAAUCAUAAUUUCUACUUUGGCGGAAAAGGGUAGUGACGUUGAUUCACGAGAAGCUCAGCAAAUUCUUGAAAAGAUAUUCUUUGCAACUUUCAUAAGAAUUGUCAAAGAUAUAUGAUUUUGGGAUAAGUCUUAUUCGGAGCAACCGCUUGUACAAAGUCUUAAAAUCAUUUUGGAGAUGAGUCGUCCUGCGAAAAUAUAUCUUAUUUGUGGGAAAGAGUCGGAUAAUUGUGGUACUAGCCUAUAUAUUUUUGAAUCAUUUGAGAUUCUGUAGCUAAAUCUUUUGGGAUUGUUCGUGAGAUGGCAAAUGAUAUAUUAUUUCUAUCUUAAUCUGUAAACUUGGCUCUUACUUUUGAUUAUAUGUUUGAUUUAUUCAUAUACCAUAGACUACAACGGUAAAGUUGUCUUCGUGUGACCUAUAGGUUACAGGUUUAAGCCAUAAACACAGUCAUUGGUGCUUGCAUUAGGACAGACUGUCUAGGGGUGCGACCCUUCCCUGAACCCUAUUAACGCGGGAUGCUUUGUGCAACGCGCUGCCCUCCUUUUUUUUUUUUUACCACACAGGCAAUCCCUCAAAAUUGCCAAAUUUUUUUCAUUUAGACAUUUUAACAGAAAUGGAAUGACUAAUAGUGUACAUAAAUAGUAAAUUUUGCAUAACUAAUCCCUACAUUAUUAUUUUGCAUAAUUAAUACCUGCGUAACUAAUUCUUUUAUUACUAAUACCUGCAUA